AUGUGCAUGCUUAACGCACCUUGUGGUGUGGUAGGUCUCAGGCUUACGGGUGUCGAUGAAAUUCUCAAAUAUCUCAACAAUAGAGAAUCCAAUGAGGAGGGCAGUCCUCAGCAGUCCUCCCCAUUGGAGUUGAAAACUUUGGCUUGCAAUUAUUGCAGGAGGAAGUUUUCGACUUUGAAAGCACCGGGGGGCCACCAGAACGCCCACAAACAAGAGAGGGCACAAGGCAAGCACCAUCGCGACAUGGUGGAGAUGACGAGCGGCGGCCCCCCACCUCCGUGUGGGUACCCCUACUACCCAUACCCUAACAAUAGGACUUUGCUUGGGGUUAGGUCAAAAUCAAUGAUUCAAAAACCCUACUCCUACCAUAAAAUGGGGGAGAAUCUAGGUGGAUUUCUUAGUUUAGGAGGAUAUCAUAAUCCUAUCAUUAUUGAUGAUGGAGAGACCAAGGAAGGUGAAAGUUGCGGUGAUCAAUGGCUGGGAUUGGGAGUUGGUGAUGGCGGCGGCGAUCAACAUGAUGCUUCAGGAAUUGAUUUGGAGCUUAAGCUUUGA